AUGUCAAACAACAUGGAUGCCCCUCAGCAGUUCAAACAGCGCUCACGUAAAGGAAAGAAGGCCUGGCGCAAGAAUGUGGACCUUACUGAUGUUCAGGAGGGUUUGCGUGUGCUGAAAGAUGAAGAAGUUAAAGGUGGUAUCAUUGCAGAGAAACCCUCGGACGAACUUUUCAUCCUAGACACCGUUGGAUCAGAGGAUAUUCGCAAUAAGGUCUCUAAGGCUCGUAAGACACUUAGGGCCGAUGAGAUCAUUGCCCAGCGGUCUGCUAUCCCCGCAUUGGACGGCCGCAAACGCAGCAACGGAGUUAUCUUCGAUGGAGUUAUUGAGCCCAAAACCAAGAAGCACAAGAGCGACUGGGUCAGCCGCAAGGAAUUACUCCGCCUGAAGCAAGUUGCCAAAGAUGGUAAUCCCCUGAACAAAUCGGCUAGUAAUGAGUUGGUUGACCCUUGGGCGGAGGAUGAGGAUACAACUCCUGCAUUUGAGGACCCCCGAUUUGAUUUCCUGCCUAAGCCGAAGGCCAAGGUUGCACCAGAAACCAUCAAACAUGCCCCCAUAUCACUUGCCGCCAAUGGAAAGCCGAUCCCCGCUGUCCGCAAGCCGCACGCAGGAACCAGUUACAACCCUGUAUUCGAAGACUGGGACCAUCUCCUAGAGGAGCAGGGCGCCAAGGCCGUCGAGCUUGAGAAGGAGCGCCUGGCGGAGGUGCAGAAGGAGGAAGAGAAGCAGCGCCUGAUUGAAGCUGCCCAGGGUGACGAUGGUGAAGUCAAAUCAGACGAUGAAAGUGCAUGGGAGGGCUUUGAAAGUGAAUACGAGAAGCCCGAAUGGUUGAACAAGAAGCGACCCGAGAGAAAGACAAAGACCCAACGCAACAAGAUCGCCCGGCGAAAGGAGGCCGAGAGGCUUGCUAAGUGGGAAGCACAGAAGGCGAAGAAGGAGGCACAAGCCGAGCAGGUCCAGCUUCUUACUGAGCAGGCUGUGCAGCGGGAGUUGGAUCGUCUGAACGAAUCCGAUGCUGACGACUCGGAAGAAGGCGACGAUACCGCUCUCCGACGGAAGGCAUUUGGUGGAAAGCUCGCACCUCCGGAGAAGCGAUUGGAACUCGUACUUCCUGAUGAACUUCAAGACUCUCUCCGACUACUGAAGCCCGAGGGUAAUCUCUUAGAUGACCGAUUCCGCACUCUUAUCGUCCAAGGAAAGCUGGAGUCCCGCAAGCCAGUGACACAGCCUAAAAAGGCCAAGAGAAAGGCGACAGAGAAGUGGAUGUCAAAGGACUUCCAUGUCCCUGGGUUUUGA